AUGAGUAUACGGACUAGUGACCAUGAACUCGACGACAUGGCAGGAGGCAAGUCGGCAGUGUCUCAUGCCGUGGAGGUAUCGCAAAAAGACUUUGACGACCGCGAUCAGUUGGCGAGACUGGGCAAAAAGUCCGUCCUGAGACGAAACUUUGGAUUCUUGUCCACCGUCGGAUUCAGCUGCGCCGUACUAAUCACUUGGGAAGGGACGUUGAUGAGCUUUGCGCCAGGUCUCCUCAACGGAGGGCCAGCAGGUCUCAUCUGGGGCUUUUUAAUCGUCUGGCUCUGCAACCUGAGCGUGUUUGCCACUCUAUCAGAAUUGCUCUCCAUGGCACCUACAUCCGGCGGCCAAUAUCACUGGGUGGCCAUGCUGGCGCCUCGAUGGUGUUCCAAGUUUCUCAGCUACAUCACUGGGUGGUUGACCAUUGGGGGCUGGCAAGGUGCUUGUGCUUCGGUGGGAUAUCUGACCGGCACCAUGAUACAGGGACUCGCUGUCUUCACGCACCCUGAUUACACGCCGAAGCCAUAUCAGGGAACCUUGAUGCUCUGGGUCGUUGUGUUUCUUGCCGUUUUGUGCAACACCGUUCUUAGUGCUCAUCUUCCGAAGUUGGAGGGUAUGCUGCUUGUUGUGCAUAUCUUGGGCUUCUUUGCCAUUAUUAUUCCGCUUUGCACAUUUGGUACUCAUGGCGAUGCGAAGGAAGUCUUCACGACGUUUCACAAUGGUGGUAAUUGGUCGACGCAAACGUUGUCAAGCUUUGUUGGUAUCGUUGGAUGCGUAUUUUCUUUUGCGGGCGUUGACUGCUCUUUUCAUAUGUGUGAAGAAGUCCGCAACCCUUCUCUUGUGGUUCCGCGAUCCAUCAUGAUUAGCAUCUUGAUCAACGGCUCUCUCGGUCUAGCCAUUAUCAUCGCAAUGGCCUUUUGCAACUCUGACAUUGAAGCUGCGUUGGCAUCGCCCACCGGAUAUCCAUUCAUGGAGAUCUUCUAUCAAGCUCUUGGCUCGCGACCGGGAAGCGCCGCCAUGGCAUCAAUCAUCAUUUUCAUGACUCUUGCUUCGGUGAUUGGAGUCAUCGCUACAACAUCGCGUAUGUUCUGGGCGUUUGCUCGAGACCGUGGCUUGCCUUUCUGGCGUACUCUGUCAAAGGUCAACUCUACCACCUGUGUCCCUGUCUGGGCUAUCGCCACGACCAGUACCAUAUCGUGCCUUCUGGGCCUCAUCAACAUUGGUUCCACAGUGGCUUACAACGCACUCGUCUCUCUAGCCAUUUCCUGCCUAUACUCGUCGUAUCUCAUCGCAGCAGCUCUGCUUCUAUACCGCCGCUGUACUCGAGGCUUCAGGAUGCCGGAUCCCUCUUCUCUCCCUGCAUUGGCUGAGACUGGCGGCACGGAGCUGGUCUGGGGCCCAUGGCAUCUUCCUGGCAUAGGCGGCAUCGUCAACAACGUCAUUACGUGUGUCUACCUAGUGAUUAUUUGGUUUUUUAGUUUCUGGCCACCUGCUUCUGCGGUCGCACCAUCGACUAUGAACUUUAGUGUUCUUAUGACGGGCUCUGUGCUUCUCUUUAGUAUCUUGUACUAUUUGGUUUGGGCGAAGAGGGAGUACAAGGGUCCGGUGAUGGAAACGUAG